AUGGAUAUACCCAAAGGUGUUGAAAAGAAGGAGGAGGAGCGGAUAUCGCCCUCUUUCCCCCAAAAGUCUCCCAGUGAGAAUCGUCAACCCAAGCCCACCAUCUUCGACGCGUGUCGCCGUGGCGACGGCGCCGCGCGCGUGCUCGAAUACAUCGCGAAAGGAGGCUCCGUUACGGACGGGGAUGAGCUGCGCAUGACGAUGCUCCACCACGUUGCCUACGCGGGGAAUCUCGACCUCGCGCAGGCGAUUAUCGCGGCCUUCCCGGCCGAAUCCGCUGGCCUCGACGCCCCAGAUGCCGGCGGGUGGACGCCGCUGCACUACGCCGUCGAUCAGGGCCACUUAGAGAUGACGAUGCUGCUGCUCGAGGCGGGUGCGAACGCGAAUGCGCGCGAUGAGAGCAAGCGCACCCCGCUACACCUCGCCAGCCUCAGAGGGGGAGGGACAUCCCUCGUGGAAGUUUUAUUAUCGAAUGGGGCCUCAAAGAAUAGCAAAAAUGCCGCCAACAUGACGCCGAAGGAUUGCGCGCGUGCGGCAGGGAACAUGGGGAUUGAGUCAUUGCUCUAA